AUGGAGCAGCAGGAGCCUUCGCUAGCAUUGUCUUGCCUGCAGCAGCAGCAGCAGCAGCAGCAGCAGCAACAGCAACAGCAACAGCAGCAGCAGCAGCAACAGCAGCAGCAGCAGCAGCAGCAGCAGAAACAAAAACAAGACAGCAGCAGUCGUAUUUGUGUUGUUUGCUACUGCCUUCGCCAGCAUUGUCUGGUCUGCAGCAGCAGCAGCAGCAGCAGCAGCAGCAGCAGCAACAUGGAGCAGCAGGAGGUGCAGGAGCAGCAGCAGCAGCAGCAGCAGCAACAGCAGCAGGAACGAGUGCAGCAGCAGCAGCCUUCGUGGUCAGCAGCAGCAGCAGCAGCAGCAGCAGAUGCAGCAGAUGCAGCAGCAGCAGCAGCAGAUGCAGAUGCAGCAGCAGCAGAUGCAGCAGAUACAGAUGCAGCAGCAGUUGGUGCAGCAGAGGAGGAGGAGGAGCAGCAACAGCAGCAGCAGCAGCAGCAUCACCACCACCACAACCAGCAGCAACAGCAACAGCAGCAACAGCAGCAGCAGCAGCAACAGCAGCAGCAGCAGCAGCAGCAUACAGCAUAA